CCUUAUCCCUUCAUUUACGCUCCAGUUCUAUAACUCCCCAUGGAUUUAGGUUUCCGUCUCCUACAUUUCUUCCGGCCAGUACCAAAUUCUUCCGCCCAUCCAAGUAGCGCAACAACAUGUUCUCUUCAUUGCUGGCCUCUGUAUCUAGCAUUGUCCCAGAUUUCUCCACACCGGCUGCCAUCCAUUCUCUGCUCCAAUUCGACGGCAAAUGGGACAUUCAUGGCGUAUUCUCCUACACAUACGCAUAUGAGAUUCAGAUUCCGCAUCACGCAUCAUUCACUGACUUGAUACAGGUGAUUCGUAAUACUGUCCCAUCAUCCUAUGAAAAGUCUGUUUUUAAGAUUUCGCACGUCUCUGAUUCAUGUUCAAGUCAUGUUGUGAUCGACGAUGAUACGAGCCUUUACGCAUACAUUCGGUUGAAGAGCAUUCACUGUGGGGUACGCGAUUUUCCCUUGUGUGUUGAAUUAACUAAUUUUUCAGCAUCUAUCGUUUCUGGAGGAGGUUUAGUCCUUUCGGAGUUACAUCAGCCUCUCCUUUGUCUUCAUUCCAUCUCAAAUUCAAGCGACUGCGGAGUUACAGAAUCAGACGCCUCUCUCUCUGAUUUAGAAGAAAACCGAAGAAUGUGCACUUUGGAUGAAGACGAUAUACCAAUCCAGCGAUUUUCCCCUGGCUUGGUAUUCGAAACAUUUCGGGGAGAUGAAAUACCUGAGAAUAAUGUCCAAACCAGCGAGCUUGACUGCAAUAACUAUCUUCAAUCCAACCCGUCUUCUUAUAGAAUGUCUCAGCAGGAGAUUGCAACAAUGAAGGAAAUGCACGUUACAUCUCGGUUCGAUCCAACUAGAAUUGUUGUUGAUGCCAUUUAUGCCAGCAAAAAGGACCUUGACAUCCAUUUGAAGAUGUUAGCAAUCUCUAACCAGUUCCAGUACCGGAUUCGUACCUCUAAAAAAUCGUGUCUUCAUGUUGUCUGUGUGGAUUUUCCUCGUUGCACAUGGGCUGUUCGGGCAGUGCGUUUACCAAGCGUUGAGAUGUUCCAGAUCCGUAGGUACAACCGUGAACAUCAAUGCCCUAUUGAUGCUCGAAAAGGCACAACACGUCAAGCUACGUAUCACAUUGUUGCUGAGCUUGUAAAACACAAAUUUUGUGAUGCAACAACAAAGCCGUACCCCCCCAAUUCUAUUCUCAGCGACAUGCGUAGGGAACACGGAAUUGCAAUGAGUUAUAAGAAGGCGUGGUUUGCAAAGGAGAAGGCCCUGGAAAUUUGUUUUGGGACAGUACAAGAUUCUUAUGCUUCUUUGCCAUCCAUGUGUUUUAUGCUGAAAAAAGCUAAUCCUGGUUCUAUGAUCAAACUCACUACUACGCAUGACCACUUGUUCAAGGCAGCUUCCGAAGUAGAGUGCGACCGAUAUUUGAAAUAUUUGGACAAAGAUGACCCCAGGAUCAUUGGUUACCUUAAAUCUAUCGGGAAAGAGAAGUGGGCCAGAUCAUGCUCGAAUCAACGUUAUUCUAUAAUGACCUCUAACCUUGCAGAGUCCAUGAACAAUGUUGAUGCUGUCCCCCGUGAAUACCCAAUUUCACAACUUGUUGAUUUUCUAAUUGGAAGGACUCAAAGGUGGUUUCACGAGCGUAGGGAUUUAGCAAACUCAACGUCAUCUACUUUAACAAAGUUCUACGAGUCGGAGCUAAAUGAACUACAUUCCGCCUCAGCUGUUAUGGAAGUUAGGCCAGCUUGUUCAUUCGAGUUCCUUGUCAUUGACAAGAAUGGUCGUUCAUUUGUAGUGAACUUUCAAAACAGGACGUGCACUUGCUGUGAAUUCCAGCUGGACCAUUUUGUGUGUGUUCAUGCGGUCGCUGCAACGCGUUGUCGGAGCGGUUUGUCUUGCUAUGAUUACGUCUCAUCCUUUUACACCACUACUGCAUGGAGAGCUACAUAUUCAGGCAUCAUACACCCCAUCCCAUCUAAAGAAUCUUGGGUUCUGCCUGACGAGGUCACACAAGUUGUUUGCCUCCCACCAUCAUGCGAUAAACGUCCUCCUGGAAGGCCCAAGAAGCGAAAGAUCCCGUCCAAAGGUGAGCAUGCUAAGCAACAGUCUUGUUCACGAUGCAAAUCUCAGGGUCACAAUAGGAAGACGUGCACUAAUCCCAUUUCUUUGAGUCGAGCUUGACUCCAUAUCAAGACGUUAUCAAGACAAUUUUUUUGUUGAUUCAUGGGUUUGUUUAGUCUGGUUUUACCGUUACAUUGAACACAUACAUUUAAUAUCAUUAUUGUCAUUUAUAUACCUCUCUUUUAUCAUUUCAUCCUCUCAAUUACAAAAAAUUUGUUUACAUAAC